AUGGGCAGGCGCGGACGACCACAAAAGGUGGUGGCAACGCCGGAAACAUCAACUGGUAAUCUAAACGAUGAUCAGCAAGGCAAUAAAGAUUCAACAUCUGAGACAACAAUGGAACAUGGAAAAGAGAAAACAGUAGGAGCGAUUGCAGAGAACCAGGAAAUCCAUGAAACCCUAGAAGCAGAGAAGGGGAUAAACGAACCCAGAAAACUCUGGGUUAACGUCAUUAGCAGAAAUCGCAACCCAGGUAAUGGAUUAUCACUCGAAUUCAUAGCACCAAAGAUUGUCAAUGGAGUACCGGAGGUUAUAAUUGAGGAAGAAGAUACUAUCAACGAGGUGAAAUUCUGGGAAACCUCUUUGAUAAUGUAUGUUCUGGGUGGUGAAUUAAGCAUGAAUGGUGUCAAGCAGUUCAUGACAAAACAAUGGAAUUUCAUCAAGUUACCUGACAUGUACUACAAUAACGAAGGCUAUUUUAUUCUGAGAUUUCAUUCGCAUAAAGAAAGAGACACUGUUCUAUUGAAGGGACCGUAUACCAUACGAAACAUGCUGAUGUUACUAGCUGAAUGGAAGCCAAAUUUCAAUUUGAAGACUGAUAUGCUGCGUACCAUCCCGGUUUGGGUCCAGUUUCCCCAAUUGCCACUCCAUCUAUGGGGAAAAAUCCUUGGCAAAGCUAGCAAGUGUACUCGGAACCCCGCUAAUGACUGA